AUGCUCCAAGCUUCAUCAUUGCAACUUGUAAGGAAGAGGCCGAGGCCAGCAGAGCUUGGCGCCCAGGGUCAGGGUCAAGUCAAGUUUAAAGAUGUAGUGCUGUACCUAGUGGAGAAGAAGAUGGGAAGCAGCAGGAAGACAUUCCUGUCCAGUCUGGCCAGGUCAAAGGGAUUUCGAGUGGAAGAUGUUCUCAGUGAUGAGGUCACCCAUGUGGUGGCAGAGAACAACCAGGCCAGGGGGCUGUGGGCGUGGCUUAAAGGUCACGGCCUGAGGGAUGUCUCCAGGAUGCAGGUACUAGACAUCGCCUGGUUCACGGACAGCAUGAAGGCGGGCAGACCUGUCACCAUGGAGACCCGACACCACAUUCAGGACACGUCGCCCACACUUACAGAUGUUUUGACACCAGCUGUGCCCCCAGUCUCUCAGUAUGCAUGUCAGAGGAAGACCACAACGGAAAACCACAACAAGAUUUUCACAGACGCCUUUGAGGUGCUGGCAGAGAGUUAUGAGUUCAAUGAGAGUGAGGGCCGCUGCCUGGCAUUCCAAAGGGCCUCCUCUCUCCUGAAGAGCCUGCCCUGGAGGGUGGACAGUCUGAAGGCCACGCAAGGCCUCCCCUGCCUGGGGGAACAAACCAGGGCUGUCAUAGAGGAAGUCCUUAUAUUUGGCCGCUCCUUGAAAGUGGAGGAGCUACUGAGUGAUGAAAGAUAUUCAACACUCAAGCUGUUCACCAGCGUGUUUGGAGUUGGACCCAGGACGGCAGAGAAGUGGUACCGUGCCGGGUGGCGCUCCUUCCAGGAAGUUCUGGCCCAGCCGGACAUUCACUUGAACAGGAUGCAGAGAGCGGGCUUCCUGUAUUAUAAAGACAUCUCCAGGCCUGUCAGUAAGGCGGAGGCUCAAGCCCUGGGGAUCAUCAUUGAGGAAACUGUCCGUGGGAUAGCAUCAGACAGCAUCUUGGCUCUGACAGGUGGCUUUAGCAGGGGAAAGGACUACGGCCAUGAUGUGGACUUCCUGUUGACAACACCUGACACUGAGAAAGAGGAGGGUCUAAUACUCAAUGUCAUGGACAGACUGAAGCAGAAAGGCAUCCUCCUCUACUCAGACUACCAGCCAUCCACCUUCGACAUGACCAAGCUUCCCUGUCGCAGGUUUGAGGCCAUGGACCACUUCCAGAAGUGCUUCCUGAUCCUGCGCUUGGAGUCAGGGCAGGUUGAUGGUGGCGUGCAGAAGGACUCAGGGGACACUCGUGGCUGGAGAGCGGUCAGGGUGGACCUGGUAGCCCCACCUGCAGACCGCUACGCCUUUGCCCUUCUCGGCUGGAGAGGUUCAAGGCAGUUUGAGAGAGACCUGAGGAGGUUUGCUCGGCUGGAGAGGAACAUGCUUCUUGACAACCACGCUCUGUAUGACAAGACCAAGAGAGAGUUUCUACCAGCAAAGACUGAGGAGGACAUAUUUGCCCACCUUGGUUUGGAGUACAUCGCACCCUGGCAGAGAAAUGCAUAAACACCUCUCUGUCUGACUGGAAUCCAUACAGCACAGCACACACCAAAGCUUACACAUAUAGAUUGUAUUCUCUGCUCUGGCUCUGUUGCUGCGCUUCACCACUGAUGCUUUAUAUUGUCAUUGGCUUUCUUGUUGGAAAUGCUGUG